CUUAAUUUCUAUUGUAUAUAUGUAAAUAAAUCUAGUACUAAUGAAAAUCUGAAUAAAAAUAAGAUCAGAGAGACUAUUUCAAAUAACUCUUGGCAUUCUCUUGACUUGUCAAUAUUAACUGCAAACCCCUUUUUCAUAAUAAUUGCUAUUCUAAUAACAAUUCAGAAACAGAAACACAUACCAAAAGUUUUGUAAAGUGAGAGCGGUAGCAUUUAGAAUAUUAGUCAGUGGAGAUGCAUGUGUUCAUACUGCAUUAUUCUCUCUAAUGCUAUGCUUCUCUUAGUGUCAAAUCAUAUACUGAAUGUCUUUAAAAUUCUUCUGGAAAGAAAAGAGUAGGAAAACCUGUUGGGGUUGCUGUUCCGGAGGGGAAGGGUACUCUGCCCUUAAAUGGAGAGGUUUCCUUGCCCUUGUCUCGCCACUCUUACAGAAUUCACUAGUAUAACCUGUUGCGUGUUUGAGACUCUGGCCCUAAACCUCAAAAGUCUGUUAGUAUGAGUGGUAACAGCCUUGGGCUGACUUGUCCUGCUGUUGUCUUUAUCCAAGAAAAUAAUAUAAAAAACACAUGAUAUGUCUUCCUUGUAAGGAAAAUAAUUGGUCCUGAUGCUGGGCAACUUUAUGCAAUGAAAGUUUUGAAAAAAGCUUCUUUAAAAGUUCGAGAUAGAGUUCGUACAAAAAUGGAGAGAGAUAUAUUAGUAGAAGUAAAUCAUCCCUUUAUCGUCAAACUGCACUAUGCCUUUCAGACUGAAGGGAAGCUAUAUUUAAUAUUGGAUUUUCUCAGGGGAGGAGAUGUAUUCACACGAUUAUCCAAAGAGGUUAUGUUUACAGAGGAAGAUGUGAAAUUCUACCUCGCAGAACUGGCCCUUGCUUUGGAUCAUCUUCACAGCUUGGGAAUUGUAUACAGGGACCUGAAGCCAGAAAACAUUUUGCUUGAUGAAGCAGGACAUAUCAAGUUAACAGACUUUGGACUCAGCAAAGAAUCGGUAGAUCAAGAAAAGAAGGCCUAUUCUUUCUGCGGUACGGUAGAAUACAUGGCACCUGAAGUAGUAAACAGGCGAGGCCACAACCAGAGUGCCGAUUGGUGGUCCUUUGGUGUGCUCAUGUUUGAAAUGCUUACUGGUACACUACCAUUUCAAGGUAAAGAUCGAAAUGAAACUAUGAAUAUGAUACUGAAAGCAAAGCUUGGAAUGCCUCAGUUCCUUAGCCCUGAGGCACAAAGUCUUCUGAGGAUGUUGUUUAAAAGGAACCCAUCAAAUAGAUUAGGCGCUGGUUCAGAUGGAGUUGAAGAAAUCAAGAGACAUCCUUUUUUUUCUACUGUUGACUGGAAUAAACUAUUCAGAAGAGAAAUUCAACCUCCAUUUAAACCUGCUUCUGGAAAACCAGAAGAUACCUUUUGUUUCGAUCCAGAAUUCACAGCAAAAACACCAAAAGAUUCUCCAGGAGUCCCACCUAGUGCAAAUGCACAUCAGCUCUUCAAAGGAUUUAGUUUUGUUGCAACUACUACUGUAGAAGAUCAUAAAAUCUCACCACUCACCAAUAUACUGCCAAUAGUACAGCAACUUCAUGGAAACAGUGCACAGUUUACUGAUGUAUAUGAACUGAAAGAAGACAUCGGUGUUGGUUCCUACUCUGUUUGCAAGCGAUGUAUACACAUAGCUACAAAUAUGGAGUUUGCUGUAAAGAUAAUUGAUAAAAGUAAGAGGGAUCCCUCUGAAGAAAUUGAGAUUUUGAUGCGUUAUGGACAACAUCCAAAUAUUAUUACUUUAAAAGAUGUGUAUGAUGAUGGUAGGUUCAUAUACCUUGUCACUGAAUUGAUGAAAGGAGGAGAGCUGCUGGAUCGAAUUCUCAGACAGAAGUUUUUCUCGGAAAGAGAGGCUAGUGCUGUAUUAUAUACUAUAACUAAGACUGUGGACUACCUGCACUGCCAAGGAGUAGUGCAUCGAGACCUUAAGCCUAGUAAUAUUUUGUACACGGAUGAUUCAAAUAAUGCUGAUUCUAUCAGGAUUUGUGAUUUUGGAUUUGCAAAACAGCUUCGAGGAGAAAAUGGACUACUUCUGACUCCUUGCUACACUGCAAACUUUGUGGCGCCAGAGGUUCUCAUGCGACAGGGAUAUGAUGCUGCUUGCGACAUAUGGAGCUUGGGUGUUCUUCUUUACACAAUGUUGGCAGGCUAUACUCCAUUUGCCAAUGGUCCUAAUGAUACUCCUGAGGAGAUUCUGGUACGGAUAGGCAGUGGAAAAUUCUCUUUAAGUGGAGGCAACUGGGAUACUGUUUCAGAUGCAGCAAAGGACUUGUUAUCCCAUAUGCUUCAUGUAGAUCCCCAUCAGAGGUAUACAGCAGAGCAAGUAUUAAAACAUUCAUGGAUAGCCUGUAGGGAUCAGUUGCCGCAUUAUCAGCUAAACAGGCAAGAUGCACCGCAUCUAGUAAAGGGAGCCAUGGCUGCCACAUAUUCUGCACUGAAUCACAAGACAUUUCAGCCAGUGUUAGAGCCUGUUGCAGCCUCGAGUUUAGCUCAGCGACGGAGCAUGAAAAAGCUAACAUCAACAGACUUAUAGAUCCACUGGGACACCUUAGCAAACAGAAGCAAGGGAAAAAUCCAAUAAGUGGCUCUAUUUUGCCUGACCUGUGAUCAAGAGGCAUCUACGGUUUCCUGCUACACUACUUGAAUUCUGUAAAAGUCCUUUUUUUAAAAAGAAAAAAAAAUCCACAGGUUCAUACUGUGUUGUUUUACAGGCCGUAUCUGUUAAAUUAAUUUAACCAUCAGGUACAUCAUAAUGAAUUUCUCUACACUGUCCUUUGAGAUCUGUUGCAAAUAUUAUUUCUCAUUCUGUGUAGUUCUGCUGGGUUCAUAAAAAUGGGGACCGUUGCCAAUGACCAAGUUGUACAUAAAAAAGUGUCAGUGUAAGUUUUUUUUUUUUUCUUUACACCGUUAGACCCUACUGUGAAGGACAAAUUCUUUAUUUUGUAAUUGGGCACUUAAUUCAUUCAACUUAAAUCAUUUAACUUGUUCAUUACUAUUAUGAAAAGCUGACCAAUGUAUUGUGCCAGUGUUAAAUGCAUUAGUGCUAAUUUGGGAGGUCUGUGUUUGCAUGGUGCCAAUAACUGAUAAGUUUAUGUGAAAAUAUAAACAAAAAGGAUGUGUAAUUUUUUGCACUUUACCCAUAAACUUAAUUUAAUCACUUGUGGCCCAGAGGAAAUACUAGUUAACAAAUGGUCUCAUAUAAGAUGAACGUUUCUAGUGGUUAUCAUGAACGGUACUGUGUUCUGCACUGAACUGGAGAAAGUAGGUAUGUGUGUAAAUUGUCAAAAUUAAGGAUCUAAAUAAUAUUGAUAUCACUUCAAGACGACACCGUGCAACCCAGUAUGUUUUGUUAAUAAUAUUGCCUGUCCAUUUGUACGAUGACUAUGUUACUGCUGCCUUGGCAGUCAUUUCUACUGACUAUAUCCAAUAUUAAUUCUGGUCGUCAUAUGAGGCAAGCUGACACUUUAUUAUAGCAAACUUGGCACGUGUGGAUUUUAUUUUUUAUUUAUUUGAUUUUUAUGGAACGUUGCUUCUAUCAGAAUUUCUAGCCGCAUGUACAAAUAUUACAGAACAUAAAUACAAAAUCCUAUAUGCCUAACUGUAGGGGUAGCUUGGGAAAAUAAAUAAGACUUGCAGUGUGCCCAGUUAAGGGAAUUCUGACCAGAGAGAUUUCAGUUCUGCACAAGUUACUGAAAAUAUCCUGUUGCCAGCACUCACUCACUCUCUCUGUCUUGGUGUUAGGGCUUUAGCUGUUCUUAAAUGCUGUGUUAGAGAGAAAGCGAAUCUCAGGGCCGGAAUCAUCGUGAGGUUUUCUGACUCAAAACCAGUGGUGACUUGCAUCUGCUAGUAGACUGGGAACUAGUGCAUUCAGAGACAAUGAGCUUAAAAUAAAGCAUUUUCACAGUUUUUAGACAUUACUGUACAAUUGUACUGAUAUAGUAGGAUGAUGCACAUUUAAAAUAUUAGGAAGUAUAUUAGUGACCAACAGUUAGAUUGUGAACAGUUAGAGAAUCCAAGUGACCAAAAAUCAAAUGUAGUUCAGAUUGAUCUGAUUCAUUAUUGAAUUUCAGUCCCAAAUCCCUUUUGUAGUCAAUCAUAAGAAAUCUGUAAUGGUAUAACUUUGCAUUUUAAGACAGAAAAAAUAAAGCUUUCGGGAGAAUUCUGGCCUAACUACCAAGAGCAGCAACAAACUCGGAUCUUAAAAUGCAGAGGAUGCUGGCAGGCUUUUGCUUAUACCUGUGAAGUACUUGAUGGCAUUGGACUAUUAGAUAAGCUGCUUUCUUUUAUUGUGGUGAGGGAAGAUGGAAAUUAUCUGGCCAAAUAGUUAGGUAUGGAUAUAUGUAGAUUGAGACUUAAUAUAGCAAACGUAGGUGUGCUAUUUGUAUCAUGCAGAACAUACCCCAUACUAAAUUUCUUGAGUGUUCGAUAGAUGUUGGAAGCUUUAGGGGCCAUUUUGUGCCUAAUUUUGAGGUGCCUGUUUGAAAUGCUUGAAAGUUAUCAAAGAACACAGCUGCUACAUAGAAAGCUUAUUGUUCAGUCUGAAAUCUGCCUCUUAUGUAGUUGGUUCAUCCUUCUCUUCAUUACUAGAGACCUUUGUGUGCAAGAAUGUGUGUAAACCUCUUAUCGGCAGCCUAUCAGUAUAAUUUUGUUUGUAAGUUUAUAAAUGCCAAAAGAAUUUGAAUCCCCUCCAAGAAAAAGCAGAAAUGGUGAAAAUAGAGCCCUUGGUCAAGGUAUAACGUAGGUUGAAACGUUAGGAAGAAAGAAAUGGGUUGGAGGUAGGGGUAAUGCAAGGAGUAGGACACAACUAAAAUGUCAAACUUGAGUUGUCUUCAGCUUUCCCAUAUGGUAGCAGCUGGUCUUUAAUGGCUUUAUUCAUGAAUCAUUUAACAGUGUUUACACUGGUAUUUUCUUUUAGCUUGCUCGGAAGCACCACGUUAUAAGCACCUUAGAAGCAUUUUGCACAAAAGCAGUUGUAAGCAGCUGAAGAUAAUAAGUUCUUCUCAGUGUGCAAAACAGAGGUGGUAAGAGGAAAAAUGCACAGACAGGAUGGAUGUUCUGAUUGUUAGCACAGAAUUCAAAACAUCUUCUGUAAAGUUAUCCCUGCUGGUUUUUAUCUCAUUACUAGCCUCUAGUGUAAGUGGUACUCUUGGAACAAAAGUAAGGUUUUGGUCACUGCAACAUUACAAAGUUUUGUCCUAUCACGAGGAAAACACGUGGUCAAACAUCUUUGUCUGAACAGAUCAGUGUACCUGGUAUGCCAAUCUUAAUGCUUAGUCUUGGGGGAAAGGUUCAUUUGCUGUAAGUAUUUCAGCAUGUCAGUCUUGGAAUCUUUUGGAUAUACAGGAAUACAGAAGAGGUCUGCCAUCAUUUACAGGCUACUGUUACUAUAGUGUUUAACAAUCUUCUCAUUCAUAUUUUGGAAUUCCAUGCAUAUUUUCCAUCUUUUUAUUUUUCAAAGAUAGAUUUUGUUCAAUCAAGUAAUUAAAAGUAGAAUGAUCUGCUCCUGAGUGAUCAGUUAAGCACUUGAAAUGGAAUUACAUUUAUUUGAAUGUGCUCUUGGCUGGAGCAAAAGGUUAGUGUAAUUUUGUUUCAUUUUGUUACGGUCUCUGCACAGUUAAAGAUUCCAAACUAGUUACCACCUUAGUAUUAUACUAACUUUAAGAAUGAAAUUUUUAGAGAGUUGCGAAGAAAUUGGGAAGGCAUGCUCCUUAUUUAGAGGAGUUGCCAGAGAACUAAUUACUAUCUUAAAGGAUUUAAUGUUUUGGAUAUGGCCUCUACUACUGCCAGCAAAAUGGCUUCUCUUCUGAUUAAUUUUGGUGAUGUCUAUUGCAAAUCAGUGCUAGUUUUAGAGUUCACAAAGAGCCUGAUACAGUCCUCACUACAGUAAGGUGAUUCCCAUGCAUAUCAACUGUGGCUGGAGCAGGCAGCUGACAUUUUUGAUCAUUUCACCCUGUGGAUACUACAGUUAUGUUCAAAUAAUCUUUUUUUUCAGUAAAAAAUUAAGAACUCUAUUGUAUUCCUGUAUUAUAUUCAAAAGCUAUGUAUGCAGUGGCAUCAACAACAGCCAGUGGUGCUUAAUGAGGAGUGUCUGUAUCAGAGAGCAUUAGCAUGGGUGGGGUGAUUUAAGCCACUGUUUUGUGGCUUUUGCGGUCUGAACGCUGUUGUCGGUAGUUGUGUAUUUUUUUCAUUAUGCUUGAAAGUAGUAAAUUCUUUUUGACCACACUAAGACGCUAAGGUGUAGGUGGUCUAAGCAUCCUGUCUAACUGAGGCCUGUGUUGUAUGGCUUAAAUGUUCGCUUGCAUUUAGAGAAAGCAUCCAAAGCCUCACGCAGGUCAGUUGUGUCAAAUUGUCUUCCAUGUUUUAAUUAUUUUCCAAAGCUUAAACUUUAUACAUGUGUUGAAGAAACUGAUCAAAAUAUCAAAAAGUCAAAAAUAUUUCUGGCCAAUUUUAACCAUUGGAAAUUGCUUGCAGUAUACUUAUAAACAGGUUGUUUGCAAUGACAGAUUGCUACAUCUAGUACUCUUCUCUCUGUCCUCAAAUGUUGCAAUGAAAAGUGAAGAUAGCUUGCAAGGGUGGAGUUUGAAUGAAUUACAGAAUACCACAAUAAUUAUCCAGAUUUGUAUCAAUGGAAUUAGGCUAAGACAUCACUGCAGAUAUGGAGUUUUAUGUACUUCUGUAGCACUUAAGUUUUUUCAGUCCUAUCCAGAAUUAAAAGUUUGCAAAUAUUUGUGCCAGGGAAAGGAGGAUGGAAGGAACAGAUUUUUUCUAAAGUUUUCAGAAGGCGUCUUAAGCCAUUAGGUAGGAUAAAGUCCUUAUGUAAUGCUGUGGGAGCACUCUCUAUUAAAAAAAAAAAAAAAAAAAAAAAAAAAAAAAGUUGAUCCUUGAAAAUUUAUUCAAAAAUGUUCUUGAGUAUAUAUUGAUAUCUAUUGGUAACAUGCAUGUGCUAUCAUUGGUAAUGUUCCAUCCUUCUGCAUUAACGCCUCUUCAGUUAAGUACACUCUGAAUCCUGUUUGUCCUUAUUUCAGUGUAUUUUCUUCCAAAUGUUUACUCCCCCAAACUAUUCUCUUGUUAAUUUUGAUAAACCUGCAUUUUCCUUUGGGACUGGAAGGAUGAAUACAAAUUAAGAAAAAAGCCUGUGUGCAGCUAAAGCUGAGUUGAACGUUUCGGUAACUUACCUAACUAGAAAUCCCCCCAGAUUAAUCAAUUACUGGUUUCCUUGAGGUUUUCGUAUUCCCUAAAUAUGAACAGGUUUUUUCAUAAAAAUUCUAGUUUUGAAAGCUUUAGAGGAUCUUUAUAUUCUAAUUGGUUAUGUCUCUUAAUAAUUAAGAUUUGGGAAAUAACUUAUUACCAGUAGGGGGGUUGAAUAAUUAACAUUGAAUCCUGGUUUGUUUGGGAGUGUGUGUAUGUGUGUGCGUGAACUGAAAAGAUGCUGAAGGUGGAUCUCCUUUGCAGGACAAAGUGUUCCUGUUUUGUGUUUUUCGCAUUAGGUUUAUGAGCAGCAUUUGCUAAGUAAUUGCAUUGUCGUAAUAUCCCAAGCACUUUGGCAUUCUUGCACUGAUACUCUGAUUAAAGCUAAAACUAUUCUGGCACAUGACUGGCUAUAAAUCUCGAUAUAUGAAAGGGCAUUAAUUGAAAACAGUGUGCAAUGAAUUACAUGCUCUCUGAGGUACUUCAAAGACAAAACUAUACAAAAGGUCCCCGUUAACAGAUAUUGUAACUGUCAUUUCUUUCUCUAAGCAUAUUGUGGAUUUUGUAUCAUAUUGUAUUUAUUUCAUUAAUUUUAAAAAAAUGUUUUCUUUAAAGCUCUGUAUAUAUUGACAUUAAAGUUUGCAUUGUACUA